AUGACGUCCCGAAAACCCCGACGACCGAACAACAACCAUCACCGGCACAACAAUCCUAACAGCAUCGCCCAGCCCUCCGACUACGAAUCAGACUUUCAAACCUACCUGUCCGAUACACAACAACUCCAGCAAGAAGCAUCCAUGCCUGCUCCACCCCUGCGCACCAACGAGGAGCUGAACCUCGCCGUCCUCCGCCGCCACAAUCCCUCCGUGCAAACGAUCCUGUCGCUGGCGCCUUACGCCGUCGUCUAUAUAUUCAGUCCAACCACGCGCCAGUGGGAAAAGAACGGCGUCGAGGGGACCCUGUUUGUCUGCCAACUCACGCAGGGCAGACUCGGCGAGGAGCGAUACAGCGCCUUCGUCCUCAAUCGGCGCGGCCUGAACAACUUCAACCUCCAACUGACCGACGGCGAGAAUGUCGAGCUUACGGAGGAAUACGUCAUCCUGAAGGCUGACUAUAAUGCCGACACGGAGGUCACGAGUAGCACCCACGUCCCUGGCGCCAAUCCGCCCGGCACCUCCAACGCCAAUGGUCCUGGCAAGAGCCUCGACGGCACCGACCUUCGGAUCUACGGCCUUUGGGUCUAUUCCGAGCCCCCGCCGAACUCGACGGCCGAAACGCGCAGCAUCAAUGCCCAGAUGAUUCGCGAGUGCGCUGUGCAUGCCGGUCACAGUUUGAAAUUGGCGCGCGAGCGUCUGGAAGCUACACGCCAGAACGGGUUGCAUGUCGCAGCCGCUACUGCUGCCGCCACUACCGCCGGAGCUCCGCUAGAUGAAGAGCCGUCCAGUGUCCCGAUGGGUCGUCAAAUAUCGCUCAAGGAUCUCUUCGGACAGCAGAGGGCACAAGACGAUGGCUGGAGUGUCAGGGCGCACAGCCUGGGUCCUGAAGAAUGGCAGCAGCAGCAGCAGCAGCAGCAGCAGCAACAUCUAGGGAUGGCGGGAGCACAUGCACCACCCAUGCAAGCACCACCGCAGCCGGAUGUCCUGGGAGAUCUGUUCCGGAGGGCAGGGUUUGCUUACCAGAAUCAAGCUCCUUGA